AUGGGGUUGAGCUGUACGGCUAGAGCCUUAAAGUUUUCUUUGUUCAUUUUUAAUUUGGUUUUUCUCGUUUGUGGCCUCGUCUGUGUAGGAAUCGGCUGCUGGCUAAUUUUUGAUAAGUACGCCAUCGAUAAUCUUUCGUUUGCAACUGCUCAAGUACGCGGAUAUGAAGAGAAUGCUGGACUACGAGAUUUGGCAACCAAGCCAACAGCCGUCCGCCAAAUCGGAUACCUCCUUGUUGCUGGAGGCUUGACGGUCAUUUUUGUGGCCUUUCUCGGAUGUUGUGGUUCAGCCAAAGAAUGGCGGCCAUUGCUUUGCUGUUACGCUACAUGUCUAAUGAUCAUUCUGGCGACGGAAAUAGCAGCAGCUAUUUAUGCAGCAAUGCAUAGUAAUAUGUUCGAAAACGAUUUUCGUCAAAUUCUUCGAGCGUCUUUGAGGAUGUACAACGGAACAGAUAGCACAAGGCAAAAGGGUGAUAGUAUAUUAGUGAAAACAGCAUGGGACAAACUUAUGCAGGAAAAAGCCUGUUGUGGUGUAGACUCAAAAAGAGGAGAGUUUAAUGAAUCGGGAUGGUUUUUGUUAACAAAAGGACGAUUUGAUUUUCCGCCAGCAUGUUGUCCACCUUUGAAUGGUCGAUUACAACGUCCAUGUCAUAUGAUUUCCCGCUAUCCUGAAGGAUGUAUUGAACGUGUGUAUCCUCAAUUGAACAAAUCCACAACUGCAGUUAUUCUGAUUCUGAUUAUUCUGGCGAUAGCCGAGCUCAUUGGCAUCGUUUACGGAAUACGACUGUACAAUCGUAUAGAAGAAGAUCGAAUUAACUAUUAUUGA